GUUUCCGCAAUCCAACCCGACGGACCAUCCAAUUUCGACAAGUCCCGUCUUGAUUGCAGUUUGCAACCUCCCGCCAUCGCAUCAAUCCCGCAGUCAUUGGACUUGUGAGAGUCGCCGUGACUGACUCUGUUUGCAUCGACACCGACCGCAGCCUCGACAUCCAUCCAACCAUCCAUCCAUCCAUCCACUCCUCCCACCAGCCAGCCAGUUCCGUACCACAAAUGACGACCCGGUAAACGCCUCCGAUACCACUUCGCUUCUACUCCAACAUCCGACCGCAAUAGCAUCCAUCAUACGACGACAGUUUUCGAUAGACGCCGCGACAACAGGCAACCACCCAGACUUCCAGACGCCAGAUAGACACAGACAGACAAGAGACAAUCAGCAGACGAUGCCAGGAUGGCUGCUCUAAUGGGUGACGUCUUUACCGAUACUCCGCGCUUCCACGACAGGAUGCACCCUCAACACUCCUCGUCCCACUAUCAAAGCCCCUCCCACUCCUCCUCCUCGCCAUCAACCACCACCUCGUCCACGGCCGCGACCCGCCCAAGAACGACCUCGAUUCAUAACCCUCAGUCUCGCCCGACCCCGAGCCCUAGGAGGCAGGCCGCCGCAAUCGCUACGACUCCAAUUCCACGAUAUGCUUCCUCUUCGCAGCAACAGCAACCUCAAGGCUGGAUGGAGUCCACCCCAAGCACCGAUGACGCACAGGCGAAGCACCACCAAGAGUUCACCGGAGGCGCCUCCCGUUUCCCUUCCCCACCUUCGUCUGCUUCUCCAAACAGACCCCUCCGACAACAACAACAACAACAACAACAACAACAACAACAACAACAACAACAACCACAGCAACAACAGCAGCAGCAGCAGCAUGGCGUUCACGAAACGGUCCCAGCAUCGGCGCAUGACCCGUCUUCGGCUUCGUCUUCUACCGCCUCGUCUACUAGCACCGCAGCCACCGUAGUGCCCGUCGACCAUUCUGGGGGUGGGAGAGGUAUCCCCUCUCCGGCUCCGGACGCCGACAGCAACGGUCGCAGUUGGAACUCGUCUGUCCAGCACAGCCACCGCACCGUUCCGUCCAACAACCAUCUCCCAAUCGAUAACCGACCCAACACCCCCACUGCUCGCGUCCCCAACUACCAACAAGCUCACCAACUCCCUCCUCCACACCAGCCCAAGGUGAUCAAGAUCCGCGACCUCCACCACAUCCAAACGCUCGUUUCACAAGAUGGCCACCCGCUCUCUGCCUCUUCCGGAACUGGCAAUGGCAUGCUUACCGACGACCCCCCGCUCCAACAAAUGCGCUACGAAAUCAGCGGGAUGCCCAUCUCGGAUAUCAUCGAAAUGGUGGCGGCGCUUUUGACCAAGAUCACGACUACAAACGACUUACAGCAUGACGCAUUGCAGAGGAAUCAGGUGCAUAUGAGGCAGGCGGAGGCGCAGGCGAGACACCAAGAGGAGCGACAACGACGAGAGAAGGAAGGCGAGGAAAGUAGCGGGGGCCGAGGCCGGAAUGGGAGCAGUAGCGGAGGGCCAGGAACUGGGAAUGGCGCAGGGAGCAGUAGGGAGGUCGGACACAGCAGCAGCAGUGGACACAUGUCCCCCCUUUCCUCCUCUGUCCUCGCCUUCCACGGUAAGAACGUGCCGGCCAUCACCAUUCUCAGCUACCUCACCCGCAUCCACAAAUACUGCCCCACCACAUAUGAGGUGUUUUUGUCACUGCUGGUCUACUUUGACCGCAUGACGGAAAGAGUUAACGAUAUGGUGAUGAAAAGCGAAGAGGAGCGGAGAAGAAGACGCCACGAGGAGCAGCGUGCCCGACAGGAAAGGGAGAAGCAAGCUGCUGCGACGGCGGGUUACGAAAAGGGGACGGCAGAUGAUCCAGAUGUCCCUAUGCGGGAUUCGCCUGAUGAUGAAAAGAGACAUGAUAGCGACGAGACAGACUCGGAUUUGGCCGACGAUGACGACGAAGAGAUGCCAGAUGAGCCAAGGCAGGGUGGCGGGAGCAGGAGGACGAGGGAACAGGAAGAGGAGGACGAGCAGGCGACGUAUUUUGUCGUGGACAGCUUCAACAUUCACAGGUUGAUCAUCGCUGGAGUGACGUGCGCGAGCAAGUUCUUUAGCGAUGUGUUUUAUACUAACUCGCGUUAUGCUAAGGUCGGCGGCCUUCCCCUCCCAGAACUCAACCAUCUCGAGCUCCAAUUUCUUCUUCUCAACGACUUCCGCCUGGCCGUUCCUGUCGAAGACCUCGAAGCAUACGCCACCAUGCUGGUAGAGUUCUAUGCCAGGGAAGUUGUUGCGCAGACGACACGAGGACGACCUAGCGCUUCUGCUAGUGCCACUACUGUUGCUGGGUUGAGUCAUGCUGGUGCUUCGGCAGCGGAAUAGAAUACUGUUAUUGCCGAUAGCUUGGCCGGGGGAAUGGAGGGAUUAGGUCUUUCAGAAAGUGAAGAGGAUCCGGAGGGUUCGGGGUAUGAUUGGGAAUGUGAAGAGGAUGGGAGAGAGUCAAGUACCUACUCUGAAACUUUGGCGUCCGGGGGGGAAAUUGGUACGAACAGGGCCCAAGAUGGGAAGGAGACGUAGGAGGAUGUAAUUGCUGUUCUCGGAUACAAAGGAGAGACGGAUGCCGCCUUGCCAAGCGGAGAGGAGGAUACUGGGAGCGCGUGUAGUGUGUCAGCGUUUGUUGUGGUAUCGUUGUUGCCGUUCUGUUGUUGAUGUUGUUUUUGUUGGCCAGCAGUGGGUUUGUUUGCCGUUGGUUGUCGGUUGAUGACGUUUUCGCUACUUCAAGUUGUCUCUUUUUUUGUCUUCUGUUUUCUUGUCUGGUCCCGGACUUUACCUACCUACCUACACACUACUACAGCUUACUCAAGCUGAUGGAUGACGGCAUGAUCAAUUUCAGUUCUUUUCAUUGUCAUACACUGCUUGCUACUUCCAGCUUCUUUCGCUUUUGACGAAUUCGCUAUACAUAGACAUUUGGCUGGGUUUCUGGUCUCUCAUUCCUUUCAUUUUCGCGCUUCUUCUUUCCGUCUUCUUCCUUGCCCUUUCGGUCUUUGUCACUCUUGGGCUCUUUCGCUUUAUUCUUUUUCACUGAGUCGUGCUCCCUCUCUGGACAUCAAGGAAGAUAGCGCCAUAUUCUUUACCAUGAGCGGUGAUGGAUUUGAGUCACCUUCUCUUUCUUGUCUCUCUUCUUGUUCUUCAUGAUGUGGUGCAGGACUGAUAUGAUGAAUGAAUAGACGAUCACUUACCCCUUACACCCACGUAGUACAUGUACCUUGCCUACCUACCUACACUUGAGCACUGAUUCUGUCGAUACCUUUCCCCAAAACCUUUCCAGCCUCGAAUUCUGAAGUUUCCAUCCUCUCUGACUGUCAAAUAUAUCAAAACCCCCAGAGAAAAACAGUCUUUACUGAAGUAGUAUCUUGACUAUCUCGGAUUAGCUCU